AUGGAGAUGAAGAAGGUCGCCUGCGCCGUCCUUGUCGUCGCCGCCUCGGCCAGCGUGGCCCUCGCCGCCGAGGCCCCGGCGCCCGCCCCCACCAGCGCCUCCUCGGCCGCCUUCCCGGCCGUCAGCGCCGUGCUGGGCGCCUCCGUGCUCUCCUUCUUCGCCUACUACCUGCAGUAA